GGAUAACUUCAGGAAAACCAUUGAAAGUAUAUAUAUAGAUGCAUGGAUCAUGGAAGUUUCAGAAAUUAACCAUUAUGUCAAACGUCAAAGAUCUGAGGAAAAAAAUAUAAUGUUUUCAGAACAUAUUGAAACAGAACAUAUGUACCCAUAUUAUUGGUUGGAUAAGCAAGAAUAAAAAAAUGCUUCUUUAUAAAUGGUGUAAGCAUUUUCUGUUGGAAUAAGGUAAGGUUAAUUGCAGCAAAUAAAGAUUGGGGUUAUUCAGCUGCAGCUACUCCAAUGGCUGCGAUAAGCAGUGAAUAAGAGGGAUCAGCUGACGUACUGGCAGAGCUGCUCAGCAACAGUGCACAGAGGAAGAGGAGGAGGAGGAGUAAGAGAGGGAGGGCUUUUAGGGACAGCGGUCUGCUGCUGCUACCACCACACACAGCAUCUGAGCCAACGUGUGCGCUUUUCACCAUUUUUGGUACAACAGUAGUACUAUGGGGGAUAAGCUGCAGUGACAUCAUUGCAAUCAUAAAACCGCGUCAUGAUUUAGAUAUUGGUACAUAAACAAGUCCAGUGAGUUUAUCCUGCCUUGAUGCUGCAGGGUUUUUCAACAUGUCAUCUCGGAUUAUGUUUCCAAUAUUCUGUUUUAGUAGAAUUAGUGGCAUCAACACAGAUACUGUAAACUCAUAUCCUAAAUCCUAUAGCAUCCUUAACCUCCUCAAUGUAUAGCUCCCUGUAUGGCUGGGUGACAAAAAAAUACAUGAACUAAUAAACUAAUAGCUUAACAAUCAAAGUCACUCACUAGCCACAUAACUAAAAUGGCCUGCUCCAUAUUCUAAUCUAGAAAUGCAUACCACCAGAGAAGGUGGUGCCCCCUACAGGCAAAUCCAGUCCAAGUUGCUCUUGUUGACAUUGCUGGAAGUGUGUAACUGGAAUAAAUAUGACAUGUAAUUAAAUUGUUCUCCACAUCGAUGUGAUGUUACAACGUAGUAGACAGUAUGGUACACAAAUAUGUAGCUGGGUAGUGAUAGCACGGCUACAAAACAGCCACCUAACCAUACUAGCUAACAUUAGCCACAGAUAACAAUUUAGGGAUUAAUCGUUUUGUCACAAGGUGUACAGCACCAGAGAACAGUAGGAGCUGUGUGCUGUGGUACAUUCAAGUAAAGCAGAAUGCACUUGUGGCACAUCCUGCACAGGAUUAACUUCUUUUUGUGAGUAAACAUAGAGCCAGAAUGGUUGAACACUUUUCCUUUUACAAUUCUGUUGUGAUUUAUAGUUCUACUCUAACUCCAAUAGUCUGUCUGAGUUGCCAACCAGACUUGUUGGACAUUAAACUUGCAAUAAAGUUUUAUUAAUUUUCACGUACAAUAGAACAGUGAAGUCUCUGGCUGUGAGAAGGUUAGGUUAUGUAACACUUGACAAUGACAACCUGUUGAGGUCUAUUAGUGGAUUUCUCGUAGAGGAGAAGAAAAUUUCAACAAGCAGUAAAACAGAUGGUUGUUGACCUUUAAAGAAGGCCCGUCGAUGACGGAGCUGAGGCGGAGAGAUGGCCAUGAGCACAGAGAGAGUAGAAGAAGAAGUAGGAGAGAGUUUGGAGAGGAGCCGGGGACUGCCCAUGGUGGAGGGGCGGAGCAGUAAGCAUGCGCUGAGCUGGCAGACUCUGGGCUGGUCCUGACGGGCUGGCUGCGCUCCGGACGCCUGUCUGUGCGCCUCAGACGCUCGUGGGGGAGACGACCAUCAACAGUGUCUCCUGGAGUGCACAGAGGGGGGAAGAACAAGCCGAAAAGACAGGAGGAGAACAGCGAGAAAGACAAGGCAACAGUUUCACCUCAGCAUCUGGAAGAGCACCGAAGAAGACGUAGACGAUCCUCCUCCUCCUCCUCUUCCUCCUCUACCCCUCAUCCCGUCGCCAACCCGCCCUAUCUCUAAACACCCUACCCACCAGUCUGUGUGCCAUCCCUGUGGUCUGUACUGCCCUCCCACCCCCACGGGAGAACCUUGAGCACCCAUAGGAAACCCCCGCACACUUGACCAGCGUUGCCACUGGGUGAUGCGCCUCGUAUUUAGGAAGGAACCCGCCGUGCGUUUUUGAUGCAAAAACCAAAGCAGAUCUCUUCGUUUUCCUCAGUGGGAACACUCCAGGCUGCGGAUCUGCGUGUUUACACUUUUUGACGGGUUUCCAGUGGAAUGAUGACACGCAGAGCGUCUCAUUCCACGGUAACUGACAGGCUGUCCUCCCAUAGAUUAGUCUUUAUUUAAGACAGCCAGCUGUCACAUAAGCUACAUUUGGAUUCAUGCGUGAUUUUUCCACGCUCAGUAACGAUCCUGACAAUGGUCUGGGGACAGACCGCCUUUAUGAACUCUUCUUAGUAUUUUUAUAGACGUGUCAUAUCUGCUUUGCUUUUUUUAACGACAAAUUGACGGACUGUCACUUGACGACGCGGCUUGAGCCUCUGGACUUUGCGUGAGAAGUUUGCGCCGGGAAGAAGGAGGACAGAGGCGGAGAUAUCUCUGCUGGAUCCGAGGCAUUUUCCCUGUGAGGUGGAGAGUUGUGGGGGUCGCGGCCAUGCUGUCUCUGGACGAGCCCCUAGACCUCAAGCUUCCCCGGCGGAUCAAUGGGCGGGACCGAGGAGCGUGGUCACCCCCGCUUUCCCCACUACACCCUAAGCGACCUCGCCAGCUGCACAUGGCGGACGACGGCACUGCAGUCAUAGAGCCGGCGUCACCAGAUUCUCCACACACAGGUGUGCAGGUGGUGCCCCACGAUCGAACAGACACACCCACUCCUCCCGCAGUGGACCUGAGUAUGUCCCCCUCCUCUCGCUACACAGCCAGCUCACCAGAAAUGACCAAUGGUCACAACGUCCCCUCAGGGAAUUCCCACGUCUCGCCGGCCUUUCAGUUUUUUGUGCCAAUCGGAGCAGGGACAGGACUUCACCUGUCGUCCUCCAUGUUUAUCGGCCAAACAAACGACAAGAGAGCUUCACCAGAACUGUCAGCAGACGAACAACUGGCCUGCCGCUGGAGGAAGUGCCACCUGUUGUUUGACUCUCUUCAAGACCUGGUGGACCACGUUAAUGAUUUCCACGUCAAGCCUGAGAAGGAUUCUGGGUACUGCUGCCACUGGGAGGGCUGCGCCCGCAAAGGCAGGGGUUUCAACGCUAGGUACAAGAUGCUCAUCCACAUCCGCACGCACACAAAUGAGAAACCGCACCGUUGUCCAACCUGCAACAAAAGCUUUUCACGCCUCGAGAACCUGAAGAUACACAACCGCUCACACACAGGUGAGAAGCCCUACAUCUGUCCGUACGAGGGUUGUAACAAACGCUACUCCAACUCCAGCGAUCGCUUCAAACACACACGCACACACUACGUGGACAAGCCUUAUUAUUGCAAGAUGGUGGGCUGCCUGAAGCGCUACACAGACCCCAGCUCUCUUCGCAAGCACAUCAAAGCCCACGGUCACUUUGUGGCCCAGGAGCAUGGCUCCCCAGGUGGAGUGGGCUCUCUGCUUAAGGGCAGUCAGAGCGGAGGGUUUGUGGGUGGAGGGGGUAAAGAUCCAGAGCUGUCUUAUCUGAGCGGAGCCCACAUUUUCAUCCCUGGGGCUGCGGCUGCUCUUCUGGGAGGCCACGCUCUUCAGGGUCUGAGUGGAUCCAUGCCCCUGUCUCCUCUCAGCCCUCGGCCCUUGGACCUCAGCUCAGUGGGCUGUCCCAGCUCUCCCGCUGGCAGCCUAGCAGGGACGUCCAUCCUGUCCUUCAACGGCUCACCCUUGGGCUUGGCAAAGUCGCCUCUGCUCUCCCCAGCUUUUCCCACCUCAGCCCUGGGCCUGUCGAUGGUGCCGAUGCUGGGGGCCGCCGCUGAGCGAGGCCUUCAGAGUCAGCAGGUCAAAAAGGGCCAGAGGGAGGAGGCUGAGAGUGAGGUGACCAGAGGGGUCCUGAACCUCUCCACUGGAGGGUCACAUGAUCCCCUGUCAUGGGUGGUCAUCCCUCCAGGCACUGUGGUGCUGAAGCCAGCUGUGGUCAACUGAUGCACACACACUUAUACACUUUUACACACACACACAAUCACACAAACAUUCCAGAAGAGCUCAGGGGGUUGGGGUAUGAGGCUGAGGCCAUUAUGAGGGUACGGGUCGUCAAAGGUAAUGGGGAUUGACUUUCACAAUCAAAACCAAGACAAUGCAUUUAAAGGAAAAUUUCUCGCUUUUUUUCAACAAUGGCUAUGUUUUUUUGAGGUCACGAUCAUCUGGUAGGAAAAUACAAAUAACUUUGUCCAGUGUGGACCAUUCUACUUUACUGGUAACAUGUCAGGCUUUCAACUUUUUUUGUUUGAGAAUAUGCUCAAAAUGUCAUUACAAAUACUAAGCAACAGGAACCAGCCAUUACUAAGACACGGUGUUGUGUGUUUAAACCAGUUCUUCAGGAGAAUCAUAUCCAGUCAUACACCAAAUCUGGGCAACUGUUUACAGAACAGUCAGUCAGUCAGUGUCUCCCAUGUCCAGGGAUAAAGCACUGGUUUUCAAUCUAUGGUACCUGCAUUUCCAGCAUUUAAAAUCAGCACAGAUCAGACAAUUCUCCGCCAGAACUUUUCUUUAUUAGCAGAAAAAAAACUACACCUCACAAAAUGUUGUGUUACAACGCAAGCCUCUCGGAUUGUUGGAAUCCAGAGAGGCCCAAGAACUCUGUCUAGAAACAUGUACGAUUUGGCUCUUUGUCUCUAAUUUUAUACUCGACUCAUUCCUGUUUGCUGGUACCGUGAACAAGGACCAUGAACGUAGCGUCUCAGUCUCUUAGUGCUCUGUGUUCUUACAUAAGCCCUGAUUCACUUUUUAGUAUUUAUGAGACUCUCCUUCAUUGACAGCGUUCCUCCAGCUCCUCAGUGAGGCAGAACCUCCACUGAAACUUAACGACGCACUCACAGUUGGGCUAACGCUAACACAGUAUCAACGUUCUCCAGGGUUGAUUUUAUUUUUCUUUUCCAAUUUAUGACUAUUAUUUUUCACAGGCUUUCGUGAUGAAUAUGAUUCUGACAGACUUGCUCUUCCAGAGCAGGUGAACUCAGACUGUGUCCGACACAUUGUCCACAAGGACAAUCUGAGACAUGUGACUCAAACACAGCACUUAACAGUUGGUUAUUCUAUUGAAACCUCAUUCUUUGCUGCUAAUAUUUCAGCUUCUCCGCUGUUGCAUCCAACUUGGAGAAAGCACUUUCUGACAAUCUGUGUGUGGAGGGUGACCAACGACACCACGCUGGUCCACCAGGGUGUGGCCCAGGUGGGCAGACUAGGGGCUUGUAAGGCACAGAGCAGACAAACGGUGAUAGCAUCAGUCACCUGACAAUGAUCAAUCAUAAGUUCCACUUUUACACAAGUGAUAUUCGAGCACUAGUGUGUCUGGCUCCCCCCUCUGGUCGUACAGUGUACAGGACAUCCUUCAUGCCGUUUCCAGAGCCACUUCUAGCUCCUGGACUGUCCAGCUGCUUUUCCCUAAUUAAAUCAACACAGCAGGUUUAUGUAUGAAAGGGCCACUGUGGCGAUAAACACUAGUGUGUUGUCGCCUCAAGAAGUGACCCGACCCCAAACCAGCUGUGAAAAGCAGGUGGCGUCUAAUCCAAGGCCAGCUCGCUGCAGGUCGGGGGAAGUUAUUUCCUCACAGUUCAACUGCUCUCAUCCUGUGCCAGAAGCUCCAGGAGAGACCAGAGUGAUGGAUGGAUGUACAUUGUGGCACAGAGCGGGGGGCGGGGGUUAGAUGAUGCACUUAAUGCCACAUCCAGGUGGACUGAGGAAGAAGCCACACUUUUACAAAACUGCCUCAUUUUACUCUGUCCUAAAUGUUUUCAAAAACAAGGAAGAAAACAAAAGACAUAUUUGACUUUUGAGGAAACUUCUCUCAUGACUCACGUGUAAUCAGGUAACAAUGCACUUACCACAGUCUAUAUUCCCAACAUUCAAAACAAGACAAUGUUAAUGCUAAAUCAAGUACUUUACUCCUUUUUUUUUUCAUUUUUCUGCUUGGUUCAGUUUGGCUGUGGACUCCUCCCAGACCUGGGUUCCUCAGAGCUAAUGUAUGUAUGAUGUUGACUGUUAUCUCCACAGAAGAGAAAGAGGGGAUCUGGUGAGGAGGACAAGGAGGACAAACUAGGAAGACAAGGACAAAGCAAAUACUUCUUCUCCUCCUCCUCCAUCUCCUCUUUCCAUGUGUUUAGUUGAUGGUUUUGCUUUUUCACUACACAGUCUUAGAACAUCAUUAGACUCUAGUUAAUGCUGUGUUAUAUUUGUCAUUAUGUGUUUUUUUUUGUUUUGUUUUGUUUUUUGCAAUUGUUCAGACGAGACAUUUAUGAUGUUGAAGUUGCUUAUUGUGUUUGUUCAAUGGCUGCUCUGUGUUCAGCUUUCUGCUGCUGACAGUGAGUCUCUGGGAGGUGAAGGACGGAGGAAAACAAUCAAACAGAAAUUGUUUAUCUGUUUGACCAGGUGUACAGUCCAUAUAGAGCUAAAUACGUAAGAAAAAGUCUGUCGCUGUGUUUGAAAUCUAAGAUCUGAUUUUUUUUUAGUUAGCUCUCUUGAAAUAGCACACAGAUUGUUUCAGUCCGUCACACUGUGGUCUGAAGGAGAAAACUUGGCAACAGAUGCUUGGAUUUAGGUACUUGUUGCAUUGAUGUGAAUUCUGGUUUAUGUGAUCAGAUCAUGUUAGAAA